AAAAUUUGUAAAUAUUAUUGUUUCGUGAAUUUUCUGUGAAAAUAAUUAAUUAAUGUGCUUCUAUUGCUUUUGCUGUACAGGAAUUAUGGAUGAAAGUGAUGAACUGAGUUGUAUAUGCUCAGAAGAUGAUGAUGCGCAAAAAAUGCCAGUAUCCGAUAUUAUAUCAAGCAACAGACAUCAUCUCUCAAGCUUGACUGAUAAUAGAAACUACAAACAAAAAGCAAAACAUUCUCUUGAACGUGAUAAACAGUCUGUCACUUUAUUGUCACCGCAAGACGCUGAAGAAUUGAGAUUCUUUAAAGUUGACAGACAUUUUUGGAGUAAACUUAUAAAGCAGAAAUUUGUAAAGAAAACGGCUACGGCAACGGAAAAAGAGAACAGCACUAAAAGAGUUAAUGUUGUAAAACAGAGUCAAGGCCAAAAACGUAGAAUAACAACAACAGCAUCAAGUGACCAAAGGAUUAAGAGAGUCAGAUCAGACGCUGACAUAGCUGAUUGUGACAAAAUGUAUGACUACAGAUCAUCCUCGAUUAAGACAGAUAAUGAUUAUAUUAAUAAGAACGAGGAGGAUGAGGAAAAUAUGAUAAAUGCAUUCUAUCAACAAAGAUAUUUAGGUGGCAGUAAUAACUCAAUUGCAACUUUAUGCAAUAUAGGAAAUUCAUGUUAUUUAAAUUCUGUCAUCUAUACGCUACGAUUUGCACCAUACUUUUUGCAUAAACUUCAUCAUUUGUGUGAUGAUAUGCAUUAUGUGUAUCAGAAAAUUGGACAAAAUAAAUUGAAAAGUUCAUCGUUGGGACGAAAUGUGGGUGGUUUACAGGGUCAGAGUGGACGUAGUUGGAGUUCAAAGGACUUGGCAUCACUGAGUGGAACAAACAAUUCUGUAGCAUUUAAUGAGCCCGGUUUGCUGAAGAAUAAUCGACAAGUUGUAACUGAAAAGCUUCAUGAGCUGUAUCAAAAUCUUCAUCGAAAUGAAACAAUCGAUACGAGUGAUUCAUUUCAUGCUGGAACAUUUUUACAAUCUAUACAAGAUGUAAGUUCAAUAUUUGAGGGAAAUCAACAACAAGAUGCACAUGAGCUUUUAAUGUGCAUAUUAGACAGUAUAAGAGAAACGUGUUCAGCCCUAUCGAAAACCAUUAAGGAAAAUCCCGAGAUACUUUUGCAACAAUCGAAUUCAACAAGUAAUGAAAAUGCCGAAUUAACGUCACCACCGAACUCAAUACAAAACUCAACACAAUCAAUUAAGUCAAUAUUUUCGAGAAAGAUUAAGAGAAAAGAGACAUUAAAGUCUAAAAAUGGAUCACCAAUGAAAGAGAUUAAUUCGGAAAUGUCAUCAAUCGAGGAAUCUGGAGAAGUUAAUAAUGUUAAAAGUAGUCUUCAUAGCAUAACGAAUGAGCCGUGCGAUAGUAAUGGACUAGAUGAAAAGGAGAAAAUUGAUGAGACCAUUAAACGAUUGGGUUUAGAUUUUUUUACUGAGGACUUUGAAGGCAUCACAUUAUCAACAACUAAAUGUCUAACAUGUGAGUCAGUGACAGAACAGAAAGAGACUAUGAUUGAUAUUUCUAUACCUUUGGUAAAUGAAAACAGUCAGCCCUUAGAUCCGCAGAUAUUUUUUCAAAAUUCGUGCAUCACGAAAGAAUAUUUUCGUGUUGAGAAUCAUUAUAGAUGUGAUAAAUGUUGCGGCUAUACUGAAGCUAUUCGUUCAAUAUCAUUUGAAGUCCUUCCUCGCCUUCUAAUUCUUCAUAUGAAACGAUUCUCUGGUGGAAUGGAGAAAAUAAGCAGUUAUAGUCCAACGCCCUUUAUAUUGAAAUGUUUCUGCAAUAAAUGCUAUAAAAAGCGCGAUGAGGACAAACUUCAUAUCUAUAAACUUUAUAGUGUAAUAACACAUGUCGGUGCAACAAUGUCUGUUGGACACUACAUCGCAUACACAUGUUCUCUAGACAUUUAUAAUGAAUAUGUAAGUUGUGUACAUGAUAAACGUAGAUUAUCGUUAUCAAAUGGGACGAAAAUAAAGUCACACUCAACGCUGUCGAAUUCAGGUGCGAGCGGCGAGAAGAAUUCGGGUUUAAUGAAGAAAUUAAUUUAUGGACGUAAUAAAGCAUCGAGUAGUGGUGACAUGAGUAAAAGUAUAAAGCCUAUAAACGGACUAAGUAAAAUAAUGAUGAACGGUAUUGAAAAGUUGAAUUUAAAUUCCGAUAAAAUAAGUGCAACAAAUGGAACAACAGUGAAUGGAACAAAUAAUGCAAAUAGCUCGUCACAUAAAGCACCAAAAACGGUGUGCAAUAGUGCAAAUUGUUGUGGCAUUUAUGUGAAAGAUUUUACAAAUAUUGUCGAGAAUUAUCACAAUAACAAUAAUAUUAAUGGUGAGCGACUACAAAGUGAGAAUGGCACAUCAACAAAUUCAAAUGACGAUGCUAGUGAAUAUGAACCGAAACCAUCGCUAAAUGACCUAAAUCAAAAAGUAUGGUAUAUGUGUGACGACGAUAAAAUCAAAAUAAUGACACAGCGUGAAUUUGAGGAUGCAUUAUCGAAGAAUCAAAAGGUCAUGAUUACACCUUAUUUACUAUUUUAUGCACGUUAUGAUGCGAAAACUUUUAAAAAUUCUGAUUACGAGUAAGAAACAAACUCUUGAUGUACGAGACUACUUUAUUCACACCAACAUCACGCAUUGUAACUCUUUUUUAUGAAUAUUAAGCACUGGAGAUGUGUGGACAUGAAGAUCUUUUGGGGAUGGAUGUUAAUUAUGAGCAAUUCCCGUCUAGAGCUAAUCAGAGCUCGAAGUUGAGGCAAUUGAAGUCGACUAUGAGCUUUGGGGUCAGUUUCUUGAAUAUAUUCUCCCUGAUUCUAGCAAAGACAAAAUAGAGACUAUGACUAGUGUAUAUCCAAGAAAUUGCACCUGAGACCCACCAUACCCCCUAAACACACCUCUGUGUGAAUAUAGUGAUAGAAAACUUCUAUAUGGUAAAUAAAACAUUAUUACCUUAUAAAUAUAUAUUUAAUGAAGAAAAAUAACAAAGUAAUAUUGAUAAUAAUGCUUAGGGCAUCAACAAAGUGAUGUGUUUAGUAAAUAUUUAAUUAAAAAAAUCAUGAAGAAUUAUCUCUGACUAGAUUCCGUAUAUAUGAUGAUGAUGAUGAGUACAUGCAUAGUAAACGUAUAUAUUUGACAUGAAAAAGGUGAGAAGAAAAAGUAUUAACAAAAAGAGUGUGCUUAUUUGGUCUUGUGAUGAUGUGAUGACGGUUAUUAUUUGAAUUUGAGACUUAUUUGUGAUGAAAGUGGAUCCAAAAGGCCUAAAAAUUUGUUAAAUAUGUGUUAAGAGUGACUAUUGUUCGACUAUUCUUUAAAUAUGGAGGUGUUGUUGAGUGAGUUUUGGGAUUGAAGGAUCUGAGAAGUUUCGGUUUGUUGUUUAAAGCUUUUAAUGCUGAUGAAGCAUAACGUCAGUUAAUCAACUUAGAAAUAGAGAAUUCUUUCUUCAGCUUUCUUGCCAUCCAUUAAGACUGAUUCAAGGAUUUUAUUAGCAAAUAUUUAUCUUAAUAUGUCUAAUCUAAAUUAAGCUUGGUCCAUAAGAUCGUAAAAAGUGGGAAUUUUGGAUCAGUGGUUCUGCGAAUAUAUUGCAAUAUUUAUUUUCCAAUUAAGCUAAACUGAUUGAAAUUAGUUUCAAUUCUUAUUAAAUCGCCUCAUAUAAAGUAAUAAACAUGUUGAAAUUAUACAAAAUCUCGGAAAUUUUCAAGGAAAUCCCCGAGCUCACAUUCGACCUCCAAAACUAUCAAUCCUCUCGUUCUCUCCUCGUUGUUGAUUCUGUUGGUAUACGAUAAUUCGUACGGUAGCGUCACAUCAAUCUCAAGACCACACGAGCACAUCCUGAAAGUGAAAAUAAAUCAACGAUGGAACUUUAGAAGUCGUAUAUAUAAAAAAAUUUCCAUAUUAAGUAACAAAUGCAUUUAGAAACUUUACAAACUUAUAUAAAAAAACCAAUUAACAGCCUUUGCUUAAAUAUCAGCCUCUUGUAAGCGCUUAAAGCCGAAACAUGAAAGUUUUUUUUUUCGAUUAUUUUAACAAAUGAGAGAAAAAAAGUUAUUUUUACAUUCUUAAACAGUAUGUAACUGCAUACGUAAAAAAAUCAGCAUUAUUAAAGUUUUUUGUUUUAAAAUUUAGAGCAUACAGGAUCUUAUUUAACAUUCUAUACAUGCGAGGAGUAGAUAUAAAAUAUUCUAAUUUUAUUCAAUAGACAGUGAUAGCUCCUGAUGAUAGGCACAGAUUAUGUGUGCUUAUCGCACAUCCUCACAUCCUCAUCUCCUCAAAACAUUAAUUAUAAUGUAAGAAAAACGAGUCAUUAAAUGAAGAAAAGAAAAUGAAAGGGAAAUCUCUUAAAUUGUAGAAAAUAAAAAAAAUAAUAAUAAUAAAGAGAAAAAUGUGAUUAAAAACUGCAUCUGAAAAAAAUCUAUUAAAAAUCAAC